AUGGGGGAGAACUCCCAGUUUGAUCUGGACAGCGUGGUUGAACAGGGCUUUGGAAGCUAUGGCCGUGAUUAUGAGAGUCUUAGAGACAGACUCGAACGUGGGGCGACACAGAGGACUUUGAAGUCAUGCACAAAGAGGCGGAACAAAACGUCAGUUUUCAUCGGAAAUAUUCGACAACCGCUGGACGAGGACACAAUGGCAGUGGCUAAGACGAAACCUGGAACCCUCAAGUUGCUGGCACAGCCACUCUACCAACCGAGCUAUACCGCCCAUACCAUAUCAUACAUACCGAGGAGGCGGAACAAAACGUCAGUUUUCAUCGGAAAUAUUCGACAACCGCUGGACGAGGACACAAUGGCAGUGGCUAAGACGGAACCUGGAACCCUCAAGUUGCUGGCACAGCCACUCUACCAACCGAGCUAUACCGCCCAUACCAUAUCAUACAUACCGAGGAGGCGGAACAAAACGUCAGUUUUCAUCCAAAAUAUUAGACAACCGCUGGAUGAGGACACAAUGGCAGUGGCGAGGACGGAACCUGGAACCCUCAAGUUGCUCUACCAACCGAGAUAUACCGCCCAUACCAUAUCAUUCAUACCGAGGAGGCGGAACAAAACGUCAAUUUUCAUCCAAAAUAUUAGACAACUGCUGGACGAGGACACAAUGGCAGUGGCUAGGACGGAACCUGGAACCCUCAAAUUGUGGGACUUUGCUGGGCGCGUUUUGGACUUCUGGGGCAUCCCGGCCGGUGGCGGGACUUGCGGGCUGUCAGUGGGCCUUGUGGGACUGGAACCUGGGCGCGUUUUGGACUUCCGGGGCAUCCUGGCCGGCGGCGGGACUUGCGGGCUGUCGGUGGGCCUUGUGGGACUGGAACUUGGAUAG